AUAUUCUCGCCAUGCAAAACCAGCACACGUACGAACGCACACGAACGCCCGAGAGAUGGAGGAGAAGAAUCGCAACCCCGCACUCUGUUUUUUUCAUCCUCUGCUUUGCGCUUUCUCCUCCUCAAAUCUCCUUUCUUCCCUCUCUACGGUGUUGCACCGCGCGCGCGAGGCCGCGAAAAGCUCCCCUUUGUACCCAUCUUUCAUCCCCCCACGAAAGCCUACUACCACCCAUCCUCCCCGUAGUAGCCACCACCACCACCACCACCAUGGCCGUUCUCUGCUUCCUCGAAGCUUCUCCAAAUCCAGCCGUGCACCAGCACGGCCCGCACCCCGAUGGCCCGGGCGUAUGCCCAUUCCAUCGAACAACUCCGGGGCGCUCUGACCUCGCCCCCCCGCUUUGCCGCUUUCUGACAAAAUUCCGCGCCCUUUUUGGUGGCGGCACUGAAAGAGAGGAGCCGAGGUGAGGGGGAGGAGGAGAAAAGGCGGGGAGGAGGGAGGGUGGGUGUGGCCGAAUCUUGGCAUUUCUAGGGAUUCUGAUGAGGAGCUCGCCGCUUUGCGAUCUUUUUGCCGGGGAGGCCUAGCUCGUCAUCUCCUCCUACCGGGAGCGUGUCCGUGACGAGACCGACCCCCCCUCUCCUGCCGCCGCCCGUGGGGAGAAGCUUCCACGCUGCUUCCUCUCCUCUUGCCCCCGCUAUUUAUAGCCGACGUGGUUUCUCCCCAGGGUUUUACGGCGGUUUUGUUCAUCUCAGGUGAACUCAACUCAACUGAAGUCUGGUGCAGUGCAGGGUAGUGUAGUGUAGUGUAGUGUAGCUUGUUGAUUCGAGCUGCAUUGCGCUGAUGGACUUGAAGAGGGUUUUGGAGGUGGAGGAAGAGGUGGUCGACGGCGACGAGGACGAGCUCGCCUCCCCGGAGGCCAAGCGCCGGCGAACUUUCAUCAAUAAUAGCUCGAUGCAGGAGGCCAUUGGCGCGCAGUACAUGCAGAGGCAUCUGCCCAAGCUGGAGCCGUUUCUGCGCAGAGUUGUGCAGGAAGAGGUGCAGAAUGUUCUUAUCCGCCACAUUGAUUCGGCACACAGGCUUCCCCUUCAGCUAAAGACAAGCAGUAAACGAUACAAGCUGCAGUUCCAGGGCAACCUGCCUCUGACCCUCUUCACAGGCAACAGAGUGGAAGGGGAGAACAAGCAGCCUCUCCGAAUUGUUCUCACCGACGCUGUCAGUAACCAGACGAUCACCUCCGGCCCGCUGUCCUCCAUGAAGGUUGAGCUCCUCGUUCUUGAUGGCGAUUUCAACGCUGACGAGCGCUUGGAGUACACCGAGAAGGAGUUCAGCGAGAGCAUAGUCUUUGAAAGGGAAGGCAAGAGGCCACUGUUAUCCGGCGAGGUGAUCAUUGUGCUUGAGAAAGGUGUUGCAUCUAUCCGCGACAUUUCUUUCACGGACAACUCUAGCUGGAUAAGGAGCAGGAAGUUCAGACUUGGUGCGAGGAUCUCUCGGGCCAGCUCCAUCGAAGAAAGAGUGCAGGAAGCUGUCAGCAAUCCUUUUCUCGUGAAGGAUCACCGUGGGGAAGUUUACAAGAAGCAUCAUCCUCCUGCACUAGCUGAUGACGUUUGGCGUUUGGAGAAAAUUGGGAAAGACGGCGUUUUCCACAAGAAGCUUGCAGACUUUGGAAUUCACACUGUUCAAGACUUCCUCCGGAACUUGGUGAUGGAUCAAUAUGGACUACGUAGUUUACUUGGCAGUGGAAUGUCAAACAAGAUGUGGGAAGCAACCGUUGAGCAUGCACGGGAGUGCGUUCUGGACGACAAGCUUUACUCCUACUGCAGCGGGCAUGGGAUAAUCCUUCUCUUCAACUGCAUCCAUGAGGUUGUCGGUGUGAUCGUUGGAAGCCACUGCUUCACUCUGAAUGCUCUUACUCCAACACAGAAGGCGCUGGUGGUGAAGUUGCAGCAAGACGCCUACAAGUUCCCCAACCGCAUAGUGGAAUUCAAGGUGCAGUCCCAGUGCACCAGCCAGUCAUCACCAACCACCAUCCAGUCCCAGUCCGUGCAGAUGCCGGCUUCAGAGAACGCACAGAUUCUGAACCUACCUCAAGGUGAGCUGCCGAGCUCUUCACAGGACUGCUUGCUGAAUCCGCUCCAGUACCAGCCGCUCAACGAGGCGCUGGAAGACGUCCUCCAGACAGCCGGCGGCAGCCACCACCAACACCAGGGUGGUAGCGGCGAGCUGCCAUGGAUAGCGUCGUCGUUCGGAGCGGGCGGCUUCGUCGACGCGAGGGACCCUUUCGACGUGCAGUUCAGCGGCUCCCAGCCGUGCGGGCUGCUGCUCUCCAGCAGCGGCGCCAGAUUGUGAGGACGAGACGCGUGCGUGUGCAGCAAUGUGCAAUGCAAGCCUCCGUCUCUUUGCAUGGAGCCGAGUAAUGGCGCCGCCAUUGUAGCUAAGCUAAGCUCGAGGGUAGUGGCGUGGGGUCCAUCUAACUGUUUGUCUGCUAACACUCACAAAGUUGUUUUGGGUGGGAUAUAUAGAGAGAGAGAUGAUGAUGCAGAGAAGACAAUAAGUGGGUAUAAUUUGGUAGGGUAUGUGAUCUAAUCUGUGCUGUUUUGUGGCAUGUAAAAUGACAAGAAAGCACUGGUCUGGAGAUUUUUUUUAGUGCUAAACCCUGGAUCUCCUUUGUGUAAAAGGUGCUUCUUUGUCUCAUCGUCUUUUCUUUAGUGCUCUCUCAGUUUUUUUUUUCCAA